UCAAUAGCGGCAGAGAGAGUAGCUUUACGUUUGAUUUGAGUAAAAUGUAAUGCUAUUAUAUGCGCUGAGCCGACUGUGUGUGUUAACUACAGACUAACACGCCGUCUUCAGGGUAAACUGACCGCUAGAAACCGUUUGUUUCAAACACACGCUGCGUCUCCGCUGUCGCGUGGACAACAGUGUCGUUGAACUAAUCAUUCGGAAAUAUGAUGGAGGAUUUCUCUGGUUUGGCUCUGCCGCCACUAUUUGGAGGACACAUCCUGGAAGCAGAGCUGGAGCCUGGUGGUGUGGAGCUGGAACCAGGAGAGGUGGAGCUGGGUCCGGGGAGCAAUGAGCUGCUGGAGAGUACAGCUCAGGAGGAUGAGGAGAGAAGAGCUCUUGAUAAGAGGAAAUGUCUGGCUCUGAACAGGAGAUGUAAAGAUAUUGAACAGGUGAAUCAGAAGAUUCUAGGUCGUCUUCAUCAAGUUCAAAGAAUUACACGGCACCUGAAGAAGGAGAGACGGUUUCUCAUGAAAACUUUAGAUGGUCAUGGGGACGACUACAGAGACGCCCAGCUGACUAUACUUCUUGAGGAUGAAUCCGAAGCCCAUUUAGAUCAUGCGUCUGGAGUGGAGGAUGAACGUCUCAACGGUGUGUCUGGUUCCACGUUGCCAACAGCGAUGCCCAAUGUGGCCGGACCGAAGAGGAGGAGGCAUCGAAUUCCACGGCAAGAAAAGGAGAAAGACCAGCAGGCUGAACCAGAACUAUCAGUGUUGGCGGACACACAAUUUGGAGAUAUGCCCAGCCCAACUUCUCUGUCUCACUAAUCUAAACUUGCAUUGCACCGAUGCACAUAUGAUGAUGAAGAAGGGCCACCCUGUUUCUUUAACUGAUGAGUAAAUGCUUUGCCUCUGUUCAGCCAUUUAUUAGAUUGUUUGUACUUGAACAUUGUGAAUAGAAAUAAUUAAUGUCAUGUAAAAUUUCAUAUUAUUCUCAUAGUACAUAUAUUCAGUUGUUUUGAAUAUAUUAUUUUCUGUUGUUGCUUUUUGUACGUUGGAGAUGAUAACAAAACAAUAAUAAUUGUAAAACGUGGCAAACCUUGCACACUGUCAUGGACAACGUUUUUGGUAGAUAUCUGGCAACCUAAAUAAAGCCAUGGGGUUGCAAACUUGUGUUAUUAUUGGCUUUCACAAUAAAUUCCUGGAUACUAUCAAUGA